AUGAGAAGAGAAGACAUUACCUACCUGGGUGCUGGCCCUGCCAGUCUUCCCACCGAUGUUCUCGCCACAGCAGCCCAGGCGCUGCAGAACUACGAAGACACUGGACUUGGUGUCGCAGAACACAGUCAUCGCAGCGAAAUUGCGACGAAUAUCCUGAACAACGCCAAGGCUGACCUUGCUAACUUCCUGGAUAUUCCCGACACCUAUGAGAUCCUCUUCCUGCAAGGUGGUGGAUCCGGCCAAUUCGAUGCGACCGUUUACAACCUCGUAUCGAUCUGGGUUGAGAAGCAGAGACAGCAGAUUAUCAAGGAGAAGGCCAAUAUCAGCGAGGAUGAAGUCAUUAGCGAGUUGCGCAAGAAGGUCGAGUCGGAAUUGAAGCUGGACUACCUGGUCACUGGAUCAUGGUCGCUGAAGGCCAGCCAGGAAGCUGUUCGCCUUCUUGGCUCUGAAUAUGUCAACGUCGCCAGCGACUCCAGGACCGUUAACGACGGCAAGUUCGGAAAGAUCGCCGAUGAGUCGACUUGGAAGCUGAGCCCCAAGGCUGCUAUGGUCUACAAGUGCGAGAACGAGACUGUCGAUGGUGUUGAAUUCCCCAGCUUCCCCAAGGUUCUGGAGCCCAAGGGCACCGACGAGGACCCCAUUGUCGUUGGAGACUUCUCUUCUACUAUCCUGUCUAGACGUAUCCCCGUUCAGAACUACUCGAUCAUCUUCUUUGGAGCACAGAAGAACCUGGGUGUUGCCGGAAUCACGGGCGUGAUCAUCAAGAAGGACCUCUUGCCCCCUGUUUCUACCCCUUGCUCUCCUGCUAUCCUGCGCAAGCUCGGCUUGCCGAUUGCGCCCACCAUCCUCGACUACUCCGUUGCGGCUAAGAACAACAGCUUGUACAACACUCUCCCGAUCUUCGAUGUCUAUAUUGCAGGCCAGGUCUUGAAGAAGCUGCUUGCUGCCUUCCCCGAUAAGGUGGAUGGACAACAGGCCGUGGCCGACAGAAAGGCGAAGCUCAUCUAUGAGACGCUCGACGCCUACCCCGAGGUGUACAAGGUUGUCCCCGCUAAGGAGGUGCGUUCAAGAAUGAACGCCUGCUUCCGUGUGAUCAAGGGUGGCAACGUCGACGAUGCCGAAAAGGCUUUCCUGAAGGGCGCUGUCGAGCGUGGAAUCACUGGCCUGAAGGGCCACAGAAGCGUCGGAGGUAUCCGUGCGUCGAACUACAAUGCCAUUCCCGAAUCAGGCAUUGAGAAGCUUGCCGCGUACCUGAAAGAGUAUGCUACGGCAUAA